GCGGCCGCCCGCCACCCCUCUGAGCCCCGCUCGGGGGCCACAGGGCGCCCCAGACCCGACCCCCGCCCCCGCCGCGCCCGCCGCCGCACUUGUCCCCCCGCGCGCCCCCUGGAGCGCCGCGCACCCCUGGGACCGUUGCGCGCCCCGGGUCCCCAGCAUAACCCCGGGACCCCGCGCGCCCGCCGUCCCGGUACUACCCCGAGAACCCCGCGCGCCCCUGGACCGCGACGCAGCUCCGAGACCUCCGCGCGCCCCGGCAACCCCGCGCGCUCUCACAACCCCGGGGCUCGGCCAACCCGGCUGCGCGUCCCGGCGAAAGGGCCCCGCCCCAGAGGAUCCCCCUCUUGCAACAGACAGAGCCCCGCCCCAGAGGGACCCCCAGGUCCGGCAGGGACAUCCAGCCACGCCCCAGAGGGCUCCCGGCAUCCCGUGUCUGGAGCCCCGCGCUCCAGAGGAACCUCCGUGCCCAGCCGGGGGCUGCCCGCCCAGCUGAGGGGCGCCGCCCAGAAGGGUCCCCCGCGCCCCGCGGGCCCCGGCAGGAUGCACGCCGCCCUGGCGGGGCUGUUGCUCAUCGCCCUCCUCGCCACCGCCCGCGCCCGCCCGCAGCCCCUGGACGCAGGACAGUGCCGGCCGCCCGGAUCGCAGAGGGACCUGAACUCCUUCCUGUGGACUAUUCGGCGCGACCCCCCGGCCUACCUGUUUGGCACCAUCCACGUCCCCUACACCCGCGUCUGGGACUUCAUCCCGGACAACUCCAAGGCGGCCUUCCAGGCCAGCGCCCGCGUCUACUUUGAGCUGGACCUGACAGACCCCUACACCAUCUCGGCGCUGGCCAGCUGCCAGCUGCUGCCGCACGGGGAGAACCUGCAGGACGUGCUGCCCCGUGAACUCUACUGGCGCCUGAAGCGCCACCUGGACUACGUGAAGCUGAUGAUGCCGUCGUGGAUGACGCCCGCGCAGCGGGGCAAGGGGCUCUACGCUGACUAUCUAUUCAACGCCAUCGCGGGCAACUGGGAGCGCAAGAGGCCGGUGUGGGUGAUGCUCAUGGUGAACUCGCUCACAGAGACCGACGUGCGCUCCCGGGGCGUGCCUGUGCUUGACCUCUACCUGGCCCAGCGGGCCGAGAAGAUGAAGAAGAGCACCGGGGCCGUGGAGCGCGUGGAGGAGCAGUGUCAUCCGCUCAAUGGGCUCAACUUCUCCCAGGUGCUGUUUGCCCUGAACCAGACCCUGCUGCAGCACGAGAGUGUGCGGGCCGGGAGCUUGCAGGCACCCUACACCACCGAGGACCUCAUCAAGCACUACAACUGCGGGGACCUCAACGCCGUCAUCUUCAACCACGACACAUCCCAGCUGCCCAACUUUAUCAACACCACCCUUCCGCCGCACGAGCAGGUCACGGCCCAGGAGAUCGACAGCUACUUCCGCCAGGAGCUCAUCUACAAGAGGAAUGAGCGGAUGGGGAAGAGGGUCAUGACUCUUCUGCAGGAGAAUGAAGACAAGAUCUGCUUCUUUGCCUUCGGAGCAGGUCACUUUCUGGGGAACAACACAGUCAUCGACGUCCUUCGGCAGGCAGGGCUGGAGGUGGAGCACACGCCCGCGGGACAGACCAUCCACAGCCCUGUUGCCCGGAGCCCGGCACCUCCACCCGAGGGGACCUCGGCGAGCCCCGCCCAAGCGACCCCAGCUGCUGCCAUCCCUGCGGUCCCCUCGGCAGCCCCCACUGCCCCGCCUGAGGAGGAGGACCCAGCCCUGUCCCCGCACCUCCUGCUCCCCGACAGCCUCAGCCAGCUGGAGGAGUUUGGGCGGCAGAAGAAGUGGCACAAGAGGCAGAACAAACACCAGCGGCCGCGGCAGUUCAAUGACCUCUGGGUCCGCAUCGAGGACAGCACCACCGCCUCGCCACCACCACUGCCCUUCCAGACCACGCACAGCUCCGGAACGGCCAAGCCCCCCUUCCAGCUCUCCGACCCGCGCCAGCAGCAGGAAGAGCCGGGGCUGGCCAGCAGCUCAGCGCCCAGCCGCUCACAACCCGCCCUGGGCCUCCUCCCCGCCAUCGCUGCCAGCAUCACAGCCCCCUUCCUGCUGCAUACCCUCGGUCUCUCCUGACCUCUGCCGCCCGCCUCCCUGCCGGGUGCAGAGAAAGAAGCCAGAGAAACCGACGGGAGGGUCUGCGGCCACACCCACGGCCCCUGCCACCACCUCCAGGGGUGCCGGACACCUCAUGGGUAGUCCAGACGGGAUCCGUUAGAACACUAGAGCUUUAUUGUACCCGAGUUACAUCUUCUUUUUUGUAGAAGGAUCUUAAUUUCCCAUAGUGCUAUGGGGCUGUUUUGUAAAAUAUGUGUCCAUAUUAAAAAAGGAAAAUGUAUUUAUUCUACUGAUAAAACUAUUUUUAUGUGGCCAAUGUUAAUAACACUUUAACUAGCCCCAUCGCCAACCCAGGAGGUGAACCCAGGUUGCCAGCACGUCUGCGACCUCAUGGGGACCGUGGCUUUGAACUGGCUUGCUUCUGGAUCAGCGGAAGCCUCCAGCAACCAGGUUUGGCUUCCCCCACUGCAGGGACCUCAGAGGGAGGGGCAGGCAGACAGGCUUAGCUUUUGUGAAGCUGGAUUUGGGAGCCAGAGAUGUGAACGCUAACGGUCCUUCCUUCCCCUGGAUGCAUCCUGGGGCUGGGACGAUACUUUAGGAAAGAGAAUGCUGCUAUUUUGAAAACCCUGAGUGUCUGUGAACUGGCCCUCCAGACCUCUUGGUAUGUGUUCCAGCCAAGGCACUUGGGUGGGGGAAGGGAUGUUGGUGCUGAAGGAAGUGGUCCCAUAGCCCCAUGUGACACAUGGUUAAACUCGCCAAAGAGAGUAAGGUCGUUGCCCCAGGUCACAAAGCAAGUGGGAGAUCCAGGCCAUGAGUCCAGACCUCCCUGUUCUGGUAUCGUUAAUCCAGCUUGGCUUACAGGAGAGGCUGUUGAAGUCACGGCCAAGUGGAGUGAGCUGAGCCGAAGGACAGGAGUGGGCACUGAAGGGCAGUUUUAGAGGCAGGGCCUCUAGGAAUCCCAUGGUAAUGAUACUUGUAAUGAGAGCUGCCAUUUGUCCAGAGCCUGCAGUGUGGCAGGCAUUUUGCACAUUCACUUUAUCACAGAUCCUCACGCCAGUUCUGUGAGAUGUGAUUGGCCCCGUUUCACAGAUGAGGAAACUGAACCCCCAUAAGAGAUAAAGGGACUUGUUCAAUGUCACCCAGCCUGGACGUGGCCCUAGAUCAGUGUGAUUCAAAAGCAAUGCUUGUCUCCUAGACCAUAGUCUGUUGUGGUCUCUUUGCACAGGGAAUCUCCAAGGGAGGCAGGUCUCACCCAAAUGGGCCAGCUCACACUUCUUACUCCAGCCAAAGAGACCACUUGGCUACAGUAAUCAUGGUGGUCCCUCUAGCCAAAGGGCUCUGGCAACAGGCUCUCCCACGUGUCCCAUGUCCCGACUUGUCGUAUCUUGAAGCCGAUGAGAGGUUUUCCUGCCGAAUCAGAGAGGCUGGAGGAUAGCUGUGAUGGGCCUGGUAAGGCAGAGCAGCCAAAGGGGGGCAAGCAGGCCACUGAGACUCAGAGAAACUGACCAGCUUCUCUGUCCUCAAGGUGGUGGCUGAGAAGGCAGAGGACCCAGAUUGGUUGCCUCCCAGCCCUGACCCCUCACUGGGCUGGCAGCUCAUCAAUUACAGAGUCCUGGAACCCAAGAGCAGAAAGUGCCCCUCGUUUGACAGAUAAUAACAGUGAGAGUAAAAAUAAGGCCCAGAGAGGUGAGGCAUUUCCCCAAGGCUGCACAGCUGAGCAGGUCUGCUGACUCCCAGCUCAGUGCUCCCCAGCAUGACUGCACCAUGGGCUUCCCUGGCAGGCCUGGUAGUGUCUGAUUAGAAUCAGGGCUAUUGUGCCCAGCUUGGCAGCUGUCUCCCUUCUGAGACAGUAGAAUUCUGGGCAGCUCGUUGGAUGGUCAGAAGUCCCACAGGCAUCUUGGCAAGCAGCUGAAUUCUUUUUAGCUCCGACCCAGAUGGAUGUGUUUGAACUUGAGAUCUGGCAGGAGCCCUGAGCUCUGCUUCAGAGGGUCCAGCCAGCCCCAUGGGUACCAAACUGUAAACUGAACUUGACCCCAGCCAAGGCUGGAGUCCGUUUAUCCUUGGCAGAAAUGUGACUUCCUAUUUCUGAGCAGGAAGGGGCUUAGCUGACUUAUAAAGCAGACUCAGAAGGCCUGCUGGACAUCAAAUACAUCGUGCAGAGUGCUAUUUGGAUGAGAUAAGUGUAAAGGAAUUAGAAACACACAGGCCAGAUUUCCCGCUGUUCAGGGCAGAGUGUGGCAUGAGAUGUAUUGAGAUGGAGCUUGAGGUUAAUUAAAGAUGAAGCAUUUGGUAAACAGUCCACGCAUCUGACCGCAUGCCCAGAUCUGUACCAGGCACGGGGCCAAAGAGGUAAAUUAAUGCAGUGUGUGAUUAUCAAACACACACAGUGCCAGGCUCUGUGUUGGGGCCAAAUCUAGCCGCCUUCCUUGGCCUAGAGGAAUUCAUCAUCAAGAUGCAACAAGCAGCCCAAUCCUAGGUUCUUAGAAGGAACUUUAAAGGUCAUUCUGUCCAGGCCCGUGAUCACAGGCAGAUGCCCCCAGAUCCCUCCUCUGGGCAGGUUGGGAGAUCCCAAACUCUCCCUCCACCAAGCACUCGAGUGUUUAAAGAAAGCCACGUGGGCAGCUGAUGGAUGGGCCAAUUGAUCAGGUAGACAUGUGCUGAUGGGACAGCCAGAGCCAGCGUGAGUUAGGCAGACGUCUGUAGCCUAAGUUCACUGGUCCCUGAGGACCACCCGCUGGCCAGGGUUUGAAAUGAACUGAACUUGCUGACGUAUGUCGCAGAAGACCCGAGGCACAUGUACAGAAAUCUGCAUGGCUGGGGCACUUGAAUUCUCUCUUCCUGGGCCCGGGAACCAUCAUCCCAUCCACAGCUACUCACGUGCUUUGGAUGAUCUAUCCACCACUGCUGACAUUUUUU